AUGAAUAUUUGCCAAUUUUAACACCCAAUCGAGUAUACUAGUUGCAUAAUAGAUGAUGAAUCCAAUUAGAAUAUUUUAGUUCAGUGCCAUACUAAUUUUUAAAAGAAGUAGAGCAUGAAUGCAUCUACUCAAGAAUAGACUGAUUAUUCAGAAAUCUCCUAACAUGAAUAAGACUCAACACUCUUGGACAUUGAAGUUGAUCAAUAUCUGUACAGUAUUAAUCUCAGACAUAAUCCUACCUUUCAACAGGAAGAAUUCAUUCAUAAUUUUUUGUCUCAUAACACAAUCUAAAAACUCAAAUUAGGACUUACCGCUGAACUGGCUGAGGAUGAUAAUACUAAGAAGUUUGAGGAGUGGCUAUAUAUGUUGAGAAAUAGAAAUGGGCAGAAUUUAGCUAGGGAAUUGAAAGUAAAGAAAUAUUUAGAGAAGAAAAGGAAUAGAACUUAUGAAAAAAGAGUACAAUACUAAGUUAGACAAAAGGUGGCUGGAGAAAGAAUGAGAAUCAAAGGGAGGUUUAUUACAUGGAGAUAGGCUGUUAAAUUGUUGGAUGGAGAUGAAUCGAAGAAGGAGUGGACUUACAAUGAUUAUUUUAGAAUCAAGGCGUUGCUCUACUCAAAAUACAACUUGGUUAAUAAUCUCUGA